UCCUAUUCCCUCUCCCUGUCUUCCUUCUUCAUUGGAUCGAUGAGAGUUGGUACAGUUAUGUUUCCGCUACAUCGAUAACCCAAUUGUACCAAAACAUCGAUCUGGGUUCAAAUUCAAGAAAUGGAAGUUCAGCGCAUGAGGGAAUUAUUGGCACUUUGGUCCUCCUUUAAAACCAGCAGAAUUGCCCUUGUCGGUGGAAACCACACUGCUGCCAGAUUCUGCACUCGCUAAUACACCUUUUUGCCUCUCCCUCUCUCUUUCUCUCCCCCGUCUUUUUUCUUCAUUUCCCUGUACACGACAUUACUUUCUAUACCUUCUUAUUCACCGUCUUUUUUCUCUUGCCUACCACCAUGAAUUCCAGACGUUAUGCCUUGCCACUUCUUGCAUUCUUCAUACUGGCUUCCUUUGUAUUCACAAUGAGAUCACCCUUGCUUGAAAAAAUCUCCCGUGCCAACACCGACGAGGUUCUGUCACUUAUACUCCACCAAUUAACCCAUCAAGCGUUCGUGAAUGAACCACAGCAGAAAGCGGUUAACGAAGCUGAGCCCCUCGUUCCGGCUGCGCCGAGAAAGAUGUGUGGUUACACGAGCGACAUGAAGAAAGCGGCGCUGCAGAAACUGGAGGACGUGCUUCUUGAGCCGCCAAGAGCGGCUUCUAUGAAGUCGCGGAAGUACUCGAAGCGGACGAGGUUCUUGCCGGAUUUGAUGGGUGACUCGUUGGUGAGCUACCCUCGGCGCGUUUUCAUCGACGUUGAGUUGUCGGGGAAAGAGGGAGGAAGUGGAACAAAGUGGUUUAUGGAAAACUACCCGACGAGGAACAUGCCGUUCGAGAUGUACGAUGUGAAGACGGUGGCCGAGGAACUGCAGCAGAAUGAGGAGAUAGGGAUGUCGGAUUGGCUGAGGAAGAAUGUGAAGGAGGAAGAGUUUGUGGUGAUGAAAGCUGAGGCUGAAGUUGUGGAGGAUAUGGUGAAGAGCAAUUCCAUUGGGUUAGUGGAUGAGCUUUUCUUGGAAUGCAAACCCAACCUUGGGAGAAGCAAAGGAGGAGACUCUUCUAGAAGAGCCUAUUGGGAGUGUUUGGCUUUGUAUGGACAAUUGAAGGAUGAGGGUGUCGCAGUGCACCAAUGGUGGGGUUAGGGCAAACACAAAACUGCGUAUUAGGGCAAACAAAUUUCUCAUUAUUAUUUUAUUUAAGCCUAUUAUUAUUUUAUUUAAG